AUGGUGAUGCUCUUCCAACCUGUCAUUCUGAGACCUGGACUGCUGAUGGCCGCGAGCAUCGUCGUAUCGAAAGACAGCCCAUCGUCUCGCCCCUCAUGGUUGCAGCAGAGCAUCGAUGCCAUCAUCGUCGCACGGCGUCGUCUGAAAAGAAAACUUUGUCGAACAGCCCAGCCACAGCAGACAUGCGAGGUUACGUGCGCGUCUGCAACCAAACCCGUCCACCCACACCCACACACACAACUCGUGAAGCGGAGGCGAAUGACGGCCGCAGCAGAUGGCACAGUAGCGGCGGCACAGCUGGCCAACCACGCUCGCACCUGGAAACCCCAGAUCUGCGGAUGCAAAAGUCGAAUGGCAGGGAGCAGCAGCGGCCAAGCCCCAUGGCAGAUUGACAGAAGGGGCUGGGCCAAUGGCGACGAUGGGCGGGCUCGCGAGGACAGCAAUUGGCCGUGUCGAUUGCCCGGUAAUUUCUGGCACGAGUCCAAUGGAAAAGUGCUGCUGAUGCUGCUGCUGGUGCGGCCACAGCAGGCAGCGUACCUGCAACUCGUCGUCAGAGUCGAGACGAAGCUGCAGUCAUCUGUCAUCCCCCAUAUUCCAGCGUCCAUGGAGCGUCGAUCGUGCGGUGCCCGGCUCGGCCAACACCCGACGUCUGCCUGGCAGGCGUUGAAGCGACAAAGUCUCUGUGACUGCAUCGUGCAGGCGAAAGAGGUAGGAUCACUCAGUCUUGGAAGUCACCGGUACUCGGCAUCCCCUGUAACCGCCUGUGGCCACAGCGCCUUCCUUCGCUGUUCCCUCGAGCUCCACCUGCGUGGCUGCCCAGAAGAGAAGUCGCGCUCCGCAGUUGCGCACGCACUAACGGGGAUUCCAGCGCCACCACCACUGCCAACGCCAGCCAACAUGAGCCCACCUGCAGACGGAUUUAGCAGCCCUCACUUCAUCAAUUGA